GCAGUCUUUGUAAGUCUUCAUAUCUCUGAGUGUGUGCACAUAGUGAAGAGGGUGGCGCCUUCCAUCCUCAAAUCUGAAAAGAUUGAGAGAUUUCAGAGGGCCCAGAUGUGCCAAAGGUCAGAGGGAUCAAUAUACAGGCCCUACCAUAGAAGGGGGUGGGGAGUUUUGAAUAGAAAACUGCUGCCGAGAAGAAGCAACUGAGAGGGGCAAAUGUGGAAUUGAGGGAAGCUUCCUCUUUCUUCCCCUCCCCCAUCCCGUGCAAUUUAAUACCAUCCUCGCCAGGAACCUUAACCUCGUCAUUUUAAAAAAUGAGAUAUCCGUGACCCGAGGUGAACUUGUUGAGUGUAGGUACAGCAGACGAAAUUCUAGACUUUGAGCGUCCGAGCCUUGUCCAGCGCGAUUCUUUGGUGAACACUGGUCAGUCCGUGGCCGUGCCUACCUGCGCUGGGACACUCGGAGCGCUCCUGGUCCACUGCCUUGACCUCAGGCGGGGUGCCUCUGUCACACUGAGCCAAGCGUCCUGGCCUUCCUACCCUUAUUAACCUAACUCUUUUGCUCCCGGCUGUUGCCCCCCCCCCACACACACACACCUUCUCCCUCACUCACCCCAUUUUUCCAGAUUUCUCCCUAGUCAUCCCUUCUCACCCCACCCACUCACCUCCACUCCUGCCCUCUGUCAGUCUCUCACUCCCUCCCCCACUCGGCCUCUCAUUGCUGCGACCUCUUUCUCCAACCCUGCAGGCCUAAAAGGAGGUCACAUUCGAACACAGUCACACACACUCCCCACGCCUCGCCCCAAACAAACCCAUGCACAGUGUCCUUUGUUCCAUUUCGUGGGCCACCUUCCCUGUCCCGUCUUUCCAAGCAGUCCUGAUUUACUCCCCCAGGAGUAGGUGUCUGUCUCCCCACGCCCUGGCCCUCCCCCUCUGAUUUAUUAGGGCUCCCGGUUUGGCGCAGAUUCCUUUUUCUUCUCCAUCCCAUCCUCCCUCCCUUCUAGUCCUCCUUUCCACUGCGGGAGCGCGUGCUCCUUCUGCACAGUCAGCUCCUGUCGGAGCGCCCAGCCGGGCUCCUUCUCUUUUCGGCCUCCGGGCUCUUUCUCCUGCUCCGGACUCUGCGUCCCGCCGACCUCCCUUUCCCUCCCCUGCCUUGCUUUGCGUCGCCCCUGGCGCUCCCCCCCGCGCUCGCUGGAGCGCUGUGCUCGCUCCUUGAUCGCCCGCCGCACAGCCGGGUUCAGCCGCCCGCCCGCCCGCCCGCGCGCCACUGUGCUGUGGAGUUUGGUGGAAUCUCUGCUGACGUCACGUCACUCCCCACACAGAGUCGGAGCUGAGGGAAGAGAGAGGGAUGAAGAGGGAGGGAGGGGAGAGAGAGUGCGAGACCGAGCGAGAAAGCCGGAGAGGAGCAGAAAGAAAUUGCCAGUGACGGCUAGAUUUCGGAGGCCCCCAGCGCACUCGUGGACUCUCUCGGAACUUAGCACCCUCGGGAGCUCUGCAGUCCUCCCGGGCCCUGCUUUCAGGCGCUUUCCGUGCAGCCCGAGCCUCUUCUUUCUGGAAAUCGUCCUGGGAAGCGGUGGGACGCGGAGACAGCAGCUUUCUCCCGGUAGCCGAUAACUGGGAAUGGAGACCAACUGCCGAAAACUAGUGUCGGCGUGUGUGCAAUUAGGCGUGCAGCCGGCGGCCGUUGAAUGUCUCUUCUCCAAAGACUCCGAAAUCAAAAAGGUCGAGUUCACAGACUCUCCCGAGAGCCGGAAAGAGGCAGCGAGCAGCAAGCUCUUCCCGCGGCAGCAUCCCGGCGCCAAUGAGAAAGAUAAGAGCCAGCAGGGAAAGAAUGAGGACGUGGGCGCCGACGACCCGUCCAAGAAGAAGCGGCAACGGCGGCAGCGGACUCACUUUACAAGCCAGCAGCUGCAGGAGUUGGAGGCCACUUUCCAGAGGAACCGCUACCCAGACAUGUCCACGCGCGAAGAAAUAGCGGUGUGGACCAACCUUACCGAAGCCCGAGUUCGGGUUUGGUUCAAGAAUCGCCGAGCCAAAUGGAGAAAGCGGGAGCGCAACCAGCAGGCCGAGCUGUGCAAGAAUGGCUUCGGGCCGCAGUUCAACGGGCUUAUGCAGCCCUACGACGACAUGUACCCGGGCUAUUCCUACAAUAACUGGGCGGCCAAGGGCCUCACGUCAGCCUCCUUGUCCACUAAGAGCUUCCCCUUCUUCAACUCAAUGAACGUCAAUCCCCUGUCGUCACAGAGCAUGUUUUCCCCGCCCAACUCCAUCUCAUCCAUGAGUAUGUCGUCCAGCAUGGUGCCCUCAGCGGUGACGGGCGUUCCGGGCUCCAGCCUCAAUAGCCUGAAUAACUUGAACAACCUGAGCAGCCCGUCGCUGAAUUCCGCGGUGCCGACACCCGCUUGUCCUUAUGCGCCACCGACUCCUCCGUAUGUUUAUAGGGACACGUGUAACUCCAGCUUGGCCAGCCUGAGACUGAAAGCAAAGCAGCACUCCAGCUUCGGCUACGCCAGCGUGCAGAACCCUGCGUCCAACCUGAGUGCUUGCCAGUACGCAGUGGACCGGCCCGUGUGAGCCGCGCCCACUGCGCUGGGAUUCUAGGACUGUGCGGGAUCGGGCAACUCCGCCCUUGAAAGACUGGGAAUUAUGCUAGAAGGUCGUGGGCACUAAAGAAAGGAAGAGAAAAAGCAGAUAUAAGGAGAAAAGGAAACCACUGAAUUAAAGAGAGAGCUCCUUUGUUUUCAAAGGAAAGUCCUCAGUGUCUGACAUCUUUCACUAGAAGUAUUUCCAACAGUUGCAAGGACACAUACACAAACAAAUGUUUGACUGGAUAUGACAUUUUAACAUUACUAUAAGCUUGUUAUUUUUUAAGUUUAGCAUUGUUAACAUUAAAAUGACUGAAAGGAUGUAUAUAUAUCGAAAUGUCAAAUUAAUUUUAUAAAAGCAGUUGUUAGUAAUAUCACAACAGUGUUUUUAAAGGUUAGGCUUUAAAAUAAAGCAUGUUAUACAGAAGCGAUUAGGAUUUUUCGCUUGCGAGCAAGGGAAUGUAUAUACUAAAUGCCACACUGUAUGUUUCUAACAUAUUAUUAUUAUAAAAAUGUGUGAAUAUCAGUUUUAGAAUAGUUUCUCUGGUGGAUGCAAUGAUGUUUCUGAAACUGCUAUGUACAACCUACCCUGUGUAUAACAUUUCGUACAAUAUUAUUGUUUUACUUUUCAGCAAAUAUGAAAAAAUGUGUUUUAUUUCAUGGGAGUAAAAUAUACUGCAUACA